AUAAUCGCCAUAGCACAGUCGUUGCAUUUGCUUCGAGAAAAGCUUGAACUUAGUAGACAAGAUGCAUUACGGUAUCUGUUGGCUAUGUGCAGGGUUGCUAUUAAUUGCUAGUCUAGAGCUAAACGAGGCCGCACUAGGGCACGUCUUUUAUCACAACGAUGCACAUCCCGGUAAGUGCACGGUCAGUGAGACAGUUAUUCUCUCACCAGGUGAAGUGACGAUAACAUCGGGAAUUUGUGCGCGAAUUACUUGUGAAAAUGAAGAGGGUCUUGCCGAAAUUGCUAGUUGUGGGUCCCAGGCGCCAUUAGAAGGUUGCGAAUGGGGCGAUCCUAAGGAUGAGAAGGCUCCAUAUCCGGAAUGUUGUGAACGCCAACAGAUUUGCUUCUAAAAACAAAAGAAUAACGAUGGCAUCAAGUUGAUAUUCGGUUACUCAAAUAUAAAGUUUAUUUAAUAAAGUAACUUUAUUUUUAUGGUUUAUUGCAUUUACGACUUUCUAAUAUAAUUUGUGCGUAUGCAACUCGAUAUUUAAAUAAAGUGGUUUUGGAGAAAAUAAAA